CCCCCUCGCGCGGCCAUGGGGGACGCCGCGGCGGCGUCGCCCCGCGCGGCGCCGGCGAAGCGGCGGCGCGGGGACGACGGCGCGGGGAUGCGGCGGGUGGCGGAGAUCGUCAUGGUGCUGGCCGCCGCCGGGGAGAUGCGGGGCGGGAGGGAGCCCACGCCGGCGGAGCGGGCGCUCGCGGCCGAGGCGCGCGAGAGGCUGGCCGCCGCCGUCGCCGGGGGCGUGACGCGGCCCAAGGAUCUGUUCCCGGGGGAGGCGGUGCGCGCCGUCGUCGAGGAUCUCGGCCUCAACAGGGCCAAGGACCCCGCCGCCAUGGGGUUCCGCCCGCCAAAGGCCUCCAUCGCCGACAAGCUCUCGCUUACUAAGCGCAAGAUGGAAGAAGUCAAGGAAUCUCCAGUUCAACCAACAGCAAUCACACCUCAAACGACUGUCUCGAGUGGAACAGCUGAAUUCCAGCCGCAUGGGACUCCCAUGUUUGCUGUUGGAUCUCAUAGGACUCCACCAGCUGCUGCAGCCUCGCCUACUACUGCCCCAGUAACUUCUACCUCUGUAAUGGCCUUGAAACAGCAUGGAUCAUCUCCUGUAAAGCCAGCUACCAACCAUUCAGUUGUUGCACUUCCCCAAACUGGUCAACCACAUGUUAAGUCGGAAAGAGGUGUUAAUGGUCCUUUGAAUUUAACACGAGCGACUGUUGGCCACUUGAACAAACCGUUUCACGAUACAUCUGCUAGGUCCAAUUCAAAUGCUGCUGCGAGUAACAAUCAGGUCGUGAAAAAUCAGGACACAAAGGUAACCGUAAACCCUGUUAUGGGGCAUCAGGCUACACCAGGGACAGCGUCUUCUGUUACUCCAAAACCUACUUUUGCCAACCACAAUGCAAUAGCGAAAAGUGUUCAAAAUGUUCUGCAACAACCUGCUAAUCAUCCUAGCUGGACUCCACCAUCAACUGAGUAUAUGCAAGCUCGUUUGGACUGCCAAAUAUGCAAAGUUGCUGUCAUGGAUGCAAACAGUCUGCUUGUUUGUGAUGCUUGUGAGAGGGGAGCACACUUGAAGUGCCUUCAGCAUUAUGGCAACAAAGGUGUUCCUAUAGCUGACUGGCAUUGUCCAACAUGUGUAGCACAGAGCAAAGGUAAACCCCUUGCACCGAAAUAUGGCAAGGUUACAAGAACUGUUGUAACAUCACAGUCUGGUCCACCUGUUGGUGGAGCACAGUUUUCUGUUCAGCGAGUGGGGCAAAAUACGGUUGCAAAGGGAAAUCACCAAGGGCUUGCUGCAAAUGGAAAUAUUAUCAAGCCAAACUCCAUGAAAACUGGUAACACUGUACACAACAGUCCUGUAUUGGCUCUGAAUGCUGCUACUGAUCUCUCGCAAUCACAAGCAGCUUCUAUCUCCGGGCCUGCAAAAGGAAAUGCUAAUAAUGCUGAAACCUCCUCUAAUGAUAUGGAAUUGAAUGAGCAAUCAUGCAGCAGUACAGGAUGCGAAUUAACUGCUGGUAGUGAAUUAUCUUUGCACUCUGUGGAUUCACCCAAUGAUACCUUUCAUGGGCAGCAAUCUACAGUCACUUCUAGGGCAAAUUGUCCAGAUAAUUCUUCUGCUAUUGCUGCUGAUACGAAGAUCAAGUCUGAAGCACAGUCCGAAGACCUGGGCGGAGCUGUGAAAAUGGUUAAUAAAAAUGUGACACCUGUGGAUCAAGCAAGCAAUAUUGGUAGUGAACAUAAUAAGGGGAUUCAAGCAACCUCUGAGCCAGAGCUAGAUACAAAGAACGAUGUGGAUAUUACUAACAACACAGAAAAACCAAUAGAUCGAGGUAGAGCUGUUGUUGCGGAAGAGAAAGCCCACACUGAAGCAAACUCUGAACCACAUACAAUGAAAGAUGUAGAGAUGACUACCAGCACUGGAAUCCCCAUAGGUCAAAGCAGCAACAUUGCUAUGGAAGAAAAAAUCACUGGUGAAGAUAAUACUGGAACUCGGGCAACCUCUGAGCCACAAUUGAUCGAAGAUGUGGAAAUGACAUCAGUAAUGGAUGAAAAAAGCAACAUUAGUAUUGAAGAAAAGCCCCAAUCUGAAGCGACAUCUGUAGUGAAAGAUGUGGAGAUGACCAUCGAUGCUGGAAUAGAAGCAGAUCACACACAACUAGCAGAUGGAUCAACUGAAAAUGGAGUAGGAGAACCUCGCCAUGAAGAGGCAUGCAUAGAUAAGUCUGACUUCAGCAAAAUGUCAGAUCAUCAUACCAACCAUCAGUUAAUUCCAAAUGGGGUGCUACCUGCCACAGAUGAAGCUUUAUGCAGUCAGGAGACUAAGGAGGGUGACCUUGUGGGUUGCAGUGCGGCCCUAAGAGAAGACAACAACUAGAUUCAGAUAUUAGGGUUGCAUCCAAUUUACUUUUGCAGAUGGGGGGCAUGAAGGAUGCACCAGUAGAUCAGCUAGCAUCAGUGAUUAGCCAUGCUCUCUUCAUUCUCCUGGAUCACCUAUUUAGAUUUAUUAGUGAUGGACAACCAUUUUCGUCGAGAUGCCCGGAGCCUCUUGGUGCCUCGUGAGGUUGUUGUACUUUAUGUGGUUCAUUAUGCGUUUCUAGUUAGCUGAUUCGUUCUGUUGCUCCGUGUUAAUCUGCGAUGCUGUAAUUAGACAUGCUUUGACUGGGGACUGGAUCGUUUGCGUCAUAAUAAUGACAUUUGCCGUCAUGAUCAACUUGUGCAAAGGAGACGAGAGCUUUACCUUGGCUGCAUCCAUGCGAAGGUGAUGAAAUGAACCAAAGUGAAAACACCGUAAUGUUAUAUUAGUACAACUCGUCUGACAUUGAGCUAUGAAGUCGUUACAUGUACUAGCGAAUCUAAUGGUUAAACAUUAAUCAUGUCUGACAUAAAUCUUA